UAAAAUCUGCGUAAUGAGGUCAUCACGGUGCAAUAGUUGUAUCUAAUAUAUAAAAGUGUGUAACUGGCACAGUACGUAAGCUAUGAUAUAUGGACUUGAAAUUCUAUUCAAACAAAGGCUUGCGUACGGUGUUCUGUUUGUAAACAAAUUGUCCACUACCAACUGCACGUGUGCAAGUCGGGUUCGCGUUCUGAGUCUGAAUAAUCCCUGAACAAGGUGAAUGGACGACGAAGGAAAAAUUAAGACAAAGAAAUCUUUGCAAAACCAAUCGGCGCAUAGUGGGAAAACAGGGAAAGUCCUAAUGCCUCGAAAAGCGAAGAGCCGCACCACAGAUGAGAAUGAUGCCCCUCCAGUUAAAGUGGCCAAGAUGGAUGGUGUCAAGCAAGCAAUAAUGUUCAAAAAACAAAAACCGUUUAACACGGGGUAUAUGGGUAAAAAAUACAAACGUGUAACCGCAAGCAAGGAAAAGGAUGUCAAUAAGCGCAAAUUGUUUGAGGUGAAGCGAAAAGAGCGAAAAAAGAUACGUCGUCAACAAGACAAUAAAUUCUAUCAACUGCAGUUGGAUGCGAAGAAGCUUUGGGAGAAGCUCCGUCGGUCCGACGUACGUUCGGAGGAGAAAUAUAAAAUUGCCGAUGAGUUACAUCAGUUGCUUAAAGGUAGAAUCACCAACAUCAUCGAGGCGCAUGACACCUCGCGUGUCGUAGAAUGCCUAUAUUCAAACGGCAGUCACGAGAUUAAGAACUCCAUUUUUGAGGAACUACAACAAAAGAUUAUUCAUUAUGCCAAAUGCAAAUAUGCUAAAAAUGUUAUUUUGGCAUUUUUGCGCCAUGGUCGCCAGUGUCAUAAAGAAGCUAUCUACAAAGCGGUUCAGACACGUGUUGUAGAGUUAUUUCUUCAUAAAGAGGCCGCAAACAUCAUAUCCGCUUUGUAUAAUGACUUUUGUAAUACAAAAAGGCGGGCGGAAAUGGCACAAGAAUUUUACUCAAGACAGCUAACGUAUUUCAAAAGUGAAGACGCAACCACGUUUAAAGCGGCCUACGAAAAGUGUACCGAGAAAACUGCCAGUGAGAAAAUGCUUGCAGAAUUUAAGGACAUGCUUCUUAAGUUGACGGAUAAAGGCGUCGUUAAGUAUGGUCUAUAUCACCUGCUAUUGUACCAGUUAUUUGAGGUUCUUGUUGAUAACACCGAACGGCUAGAUAUGAUCCGUCAAAUACAGCACAUACUUGUGGAAAUACUUCAUACAAAAGAAGGUAUGCAGGUGGCGCUUCAGAGCUUAUGGCAUUCAACUGCCAAGGAAAGAAAAGCGAUUGCAAAAAGUUUCAAGCCUUACGUCAUGAAAAUCGCUACCGAUGACCAGGGGCACAAGGUGUUGAUGGGGCUCUUUGAUGCCGUUGACGAUACUGUUAUGCUCAAUCAAUCAAUUAUCGUCGAGUUAAUGAAGAAUUGCGCGGACCUUCUCAAAGAUAAAUUUGGCUCUAAAGUGCUUGUGUACCUCAUGGUUGGUCGAGACCCACACACUAUCAGCCCGGACACAAUCGAACUUUUAAAACAGGGGGAUAAGAACGAAAGCUCGAAGAAGGAACCCGAGAUUCGGCGCAGAGAAUUACGUCGACUUGCACAGCAGCCUCUCAUCGAAACCAUUUGUGAUCACCUUGAGGAGCUUAUCGAUGCGGGAGAAACUUCUGUAGCAGUCAGGGACAUCAUUCUCGCGAUGGAGCAGGAACUUCGGCUCAAAGCUAUGUCUCGCGUAGUUAAUUUACUCAAGAAGCCUUAUGAGAAGGAUACCAAUCAUAUCAUUGAGAGUAAACAUGGUAAUUUUUUCAUCAAAAAGCUUCUUUUAAACGACAAAAACAAAGAUAAAGCGGAGCUUUCUCUUCUUGUUAAAGAGGAGCUUGGAGCAGAUGUAAUCCGCUCUUGGUGGAAGUGCAACCGCGGAGCCUUUCUGUGCAUUAGCUUGAUAGAGGUGAAAGAUCCUGAAGUGCAGGAGUGGGCAAAGAAUGUCCUUGCGAAGGACAAGUGUGAAAUUGCUCAACAGAAGGAUAGCAAGGGAGCAGAAAUCCUCUUGCAAAAGUUGUAAACUGAUGUAUAAGUCCUUUAACCGUAUAUAAUAAAGUUUUUCAUUUUACAAAGACACUGGUCGUUCACUAGCGACGUAGCUCACUAAAUGACUAAAAAUAAAAAAAAACGAUGGAUUGCAUGCUGCAUUAAUAUAGACU